UCUGUCGCCUGCAAGACAAACUUCAGGGUAAAAUUCUUUCCACUUCCUGAUGGGCGCCAGUAAAAACACGCGGGACGUCAAUGCAACGUUGCUCAAAGCUCCGAAAUCCACCCAGGUCUUCUGAUCGUAACUCCUUACAACUCGUUGGUCUGUUGCUCUGAUCCUUUGUCGCUCGCUACAUUUCAAGAAACAGCAUGGACAAAGCUGCUGUGCUGUCCCAUUUCCUGGAAUCAAAGGGGAAAACGACUCUUCUUGGCGGAGAGCUGCCUGCCAGUGUGAUCAGCAGUAAUAAGUACAUAUCCGGAGCUCAGGGCACAGAGGAGGACUGGUCCUCAGUGGAUGAAGCCAUCCGUACUGCCCUGUCUGCUGAGAACAGAGCUGCUGUCCUCCUCGUAGGUCCAGAAGGAUCUGGCAAAACCACCACUUUGAAGAAUAUGGUUGUGGACUGGGCAAAAGGAAAACGGCUUCAAAGCUUUUCACAUGUUUUCUAUUUCCAGUUCAGAGAGUUGAAUUCCCUCCAGGGAGCUUUCUCCUUGGAGAGUUUGAUCCAGCACUCCCACAGUCACACUCCAGCAUCUGUCCAGCCGCUGCUGCAGAAACCCGAAAACGUGCUGCUCCUGUUUGAUGGUCUCAGUGAGUACAGACACAGUCCGGACCCGUCUGUCCACUCCCUGUGUUCUGACCCAAGCCAGGAAGCCUCCGUGUCCUGUUUAGUGGCCAGUCUGCUCCAUGGAUCACUGCUGAAAGGAGCCGCCUCUGUGGUGGCAACAAGGCCGACCGAGUCUCUGAAGUGUCUCAGUGGUACCCACGUGGAGAUGUUGGGGUUUCUGAAGCCCCAGAGGGAGAGCUACUUCAACAGAUUCUUCACCGAUCCGGCUACAGCUAAGAGAGCCCUCGGUCAUAUGGAGCGGACUGUGGGCUUCUAUGACAUCUCUACUUCUCCAAGGUUUUGUUGGACGCUUUGUUCAGUUUACAAAUCUCUGAUUGAUUCUGGGGCGAAUCUUCCAGAAACACUGACUCAGCUCUUUGUAGAAAUCCUAGUCCACCUGCUCCACACACUCUCACUGAGCAAGGCGUCCAACAGGGAGCUUGUCUUGGCACUCGGCAGAUUGGCCUCUCAUUGUUCUCUUGGACAGUGUUCAGGUUCUGCCACGGAGCAAAUGGAUUCCUUUGGUCUUCAACAGUUUGUCGCCUCAGUUGAUGCUUUUUUGGAAUCAGAUAGACCUGUCCUCUCCUUCCACACUCAACUCAUUCAGGACUUUAUCUUGGCAAUCUGUUGGUUUAUGGACAAGUCAACAUACGAUGGUCUGGAGAAAAGGCUGGAGCAGGACAGAAGAGGUUCAACGUUUCUACAGUUCUUCUUGUCGGGACUUUCAGAGCCGCUUCAGCGCAGACCGCUGGAAAUCCUACUGGGGGAGUUCAACCGUGAUCAGAUUGAAGAUUUCAGAAACUGGUUAAAAAGCAACUCAGAGGCCACGCUGCAAGGAUUUUCCAAAGAUGAGCAUUAUCGAUAUUUCCAUCUAUUGCAUCAAGCUCAAAAUGACAGCUUGGUGAAGGAGGUUAUCACCUCGACACGACGAGCCAUCAGCUACGGGGAACUGAGCCUCCAGGACGCUGUGGCUCUGAAUUACGUCAUUACAUGUGUGGGUGGGAUGGAGACAUUAAAUCUGUACCGUACUCGGAGUUUGAGUGAAGAGGUUGCACGGGUCCUGGCUCCAGCAAUGAGUCUUUCACAAGUCAUAGAAUUGGCAGACAGCUCGCUGGGUGCUGCAGCUGUUCAACAUCUGGCCUCAGCCCUCAGCAGAGGAGUCAUCCGGAAGCUCGACCUCUCUAAUUCCUCACUCGGUGAUGAGAAGUUGAAGAUCCUGUGCUCCGGGCUGAAAGACUGCAAACUGCACAACCUUAAUCUUCAAGGGUGCAGACUGACAAAGGCGAGUUGUGAGGAUCUGGCCUCUGUGCUGAGCUCGGACACGUCCCAGCUCCGUCUGCUGCAAAUGUCCUUCAACGAGCUCUGUGAUGAAGGUUUCAGCAAACUGUGCAAAACUCUGCAUAGUCCUCACUCCAAACUGGAGGAGAUCCAGGUACAAAACUGCGCCUUGACUGCAGCGUCCAUGAAUGCUUUAUCGGCAGCUUUGUGUUCCAAUCAGUCGCCGCUAAGAAAGAUCAAUCUGAUGCAAAACCACAUUGGUGACGAUGGAAUGGAGACUUUGUUCAAAUCCCUGAAACAGCAACAUUGCAAGCUACAAAGUCUCAAUGUCUUCGAUAAUGAGAUCUCGGGUGCCUGCUGCGCUCACGUGAAGGAGGCCUUGAUGACCGAGCACUGCUGUCUGUCUGAGCUGGAUCUGUCGGUGAACGAUGUGGGACAGGAGGGGGCGCUGCAGCUCUGCCAAGCCCUCAGUCAGCCCAGCUGUCCAAUGGAAAAACUUGGCUUGACACGAUGCGGGUUAACCAUGCCGGUCUUUAAGGAACUGGGCUCAGUGCUGAAAAGUGGGACAAGUCAACUCAAGUCUCUGACUGUUGGACUGAACGACGUGGGGGAUGCAGGGGUGAAGCCUCUGUGGGAUGCUCUUGCUCAUCCAGGCUGUCUGUUGGAGGAGCUGGAUGUUGAAAUGACGGGUUUGACGGACGCCUGUGUCGAAGACUUGUGUGUUGCAAUAAGAACCAGUAAAACUCUGAAGAGUGUGGAGCUGCGGAACAACUCGCUGACCGACGCUUCUGUCCCGGCACUGGUGGAAGUCAUGCAGGACAGCCCCAACAUGCUGGAGCUGAACUUAAAGUACAACGACUUCAGCGAAGACGUUUUUGAAAUGAUGGACCAGUGCAGCAAUAUAAGAUACUGAAGAAGUCAGAGAAAACUACAGACUUCCCCAGACUCCUGAGAUCAAUUGUAGGCUGGGUGAAGCAGUGUCGAAGUUGAAUAGAUGGCUUUGUGAAAGAUUAACACCACAUCCAAACGCUUACAAUUUUCUAUUUGGAGCUUUAAUCAUGUUCACUAUUUCAAAAAUAGCUGUUUUUGCACGGUCAUUACUUGCAUGAACGGUUGCCUUCUCUACCACUGUAACCACCACUGUAGCCUUUUAAAAUCUGCUUUAAUAUCUGUGUACGGUCGCCGUGGACAAACCUGGUGCUGACUCACGUUCUGAGAGCAGCGUCAGUGAUAAAGUGCAGCGUGUCAUAAAUACAUAUCGAAACUGUCGCAGCAUGCUCAUUUCUUCUUGUGCUGCUCUCCUCGUACUUCCACUCCGGUAUUUUCCACCUUUCGGGAGUUAAAUGCUGUGAAAGCAUCUCUCUUCCUGCAGACUUUGAGUAAAUCGGUUUCACCCUACAGCUUCUGCAUCCUAAAUUGAAGGUUUUCAAACUGUUUUUUAGGCCCUGCAAGAAUACAACUGCUCUUUUCUGUCUUGGAGAUCGAAAUGAAAAAUAUAAAAUUUUGACCAAAUUGUGCUACAA